GAAGAGGAGGAGCGGUGCCCCAUCUCCGCCUUCUCCGCUCCUCCUUGCGUUGCUGCUGUUCCCGCUCGUCGUCUUGCUCCGUGCCCUUUUGCUGUUCCUCCGCCUUUGAGCCGCCGCCCAGCCGGCCUUCCAGUUCUGCCCGGCGUGCGGGGCGGCCCUGCUGGGCCGGAGCUGAGCGGGGCGCGCGGCAGCGGCCGCUGCUGCUGCUCCAAGGAGGAGGGGGAGAAGGAGGAGGAGGAGGGUGGUUGGCUGGAGGGGCGCCCGCCCCGUCUCCCUGCAUUUUUGCGCUGCUCGCGCCCGAGCGGGCGGCCGCGGGGCCUCGUCUGGCUGCCACUCUGCCCGCCGAGCGGGGGGCGGCGCGGGGCCGCCGCGCGCCAGGGCGGACGGCAGACGAGAGGAGGCGGGGGCGCCGGAGAGCGCAGCCGGCCCGAGGACCGCCCCACUGCGGGGCAGUGCCUGCGGCACCCGUGGCUGCAGCGGUCCAGGGACGCCAACUCCUUGAAGGUCUGGCCGAGGACCCCCUUCAGCUCCUGCACGCUGGAGAGCCUCGGAAAAAACCACGAGCAGGGUCGAGAGCGUCGGCUACAUCGCGCCCGAGGUGCUCACCCUGCCCUGCCCGCCGCAGACGACCCAGGCCCGAGGACCGCCCCACUGCGGGGCAGUGCCUGCGGCACCCGUGGCUGCAGCGGCCCAGGGACGCCAAGUCCCUGAAGGUCUGGCCGAGGACCCCCUUCAGCUCCUGCACGCUGGAGAACCUCGGAGAAACCACGAGCAGGCGGCUCCUCUCCGGGGGACGCUCGGCGGGCGCGGGCUGCGCGGGGGGGCGUUGGGGCGCUCCUCUCUCCUUCUGUCAGUAA